AUUCUCCAGUUUCGUGAGAACCUAACCUAAGCUAACCUACAUCAACCUCGAGUGGCGUUCGGUACGCGUGUCGUGUGGCGCGUGUUCUCGGCGAAUCGGCGGACUCGGUGCUCGGUGAAUCGCUGUGGAGGAGACGCGAAAACAGCCGGUGCGCGACACCGCGGACACCCGCCCGCCCGUCUCCGAAGAAACGUCGCCGGGUCGCCGGCGACGAGCGCGAGCGAGAUGCUGCGGAGCGUCCUGCAGUCCAAGUUCGGCUACGAGGAUUUUAAAAAUGACAUUCAGAAGCAGGCGACCACCGCCGUUUACAAAGGAAAGCAGGACGUGUUCGUGUGCAUGCCCACGGGCUCCGGGAAGUCUCUCUGCUUUCAAUUGCCGGCGAUAAUGAAGGAGCACAAGGUCGCGAUUGUCUUCUCGCCGCUCUUGGCUCUGAUGAAGAACCAGAUAGACUUUCUGGUGAGCAAGAAAGUGAACGCCUGCUCCUUGAACUCCACCACUUCCAGCAAGGAGAGAAACGCCAUUAUGGGGGACAUACUGUCGGAUGCGCCGAAGAUAAGAUUGUUGUAUGUCACUCCUGAAAUGGGAGCGCAGCAUCAUUUUCAGGAAACCAUAACACAAAUGCAGAAGAAGAAAACGCUCUCUUAUUUCGUUAUCGACGAAGCCCAUUGUUUAAGCGAGUGGGGUCACGAUUUUAGACCAACUUACAGACAGUUGGGAACGUUUAAAAAAUUGUGCCCGAAGUUACCUAUGAUUGCAUUAACAGCGACCGCCGCACAACAGGUGAAGGACGACAUUCUCGAAAGCCUGCACAUGAAAGACGCAGCGAUAUUUUCCCAGCCGGUAUUUCGUCCAAAUUUAUAUUACGACGUGUGGUUCCAAGAGGUGUUAGACAAGCCGUUUGUACAUCUGAAAGACUUUAUUCUGAACGCGCUCGGCCCCCCAGACAAGUCUAUUCCUACGCACCAAAGAAAUUGUGGUAUCAUUUAUUGUAGAAAGAAAGAAACAACGGAAGUUGUUGCGCAUAAAUUGUCUCUUGCGGGUAUUCCUACGCUUGCAUAUCAUGGAAGCUUAAAAGCUCAGGAACGUAAUGAAGUGCAAAACAGGUGGACGGUAGGCGAGGUCUCUGUCAUCGCGGCGACGUGUAGUUUCGGAAUGGGUGUUGACAAAGGAUCUGUUAGAUUCGUGGUUCAUUGGACAGUACCACAGAAUAUUGCGGCAUAUUAUCAAGAAUCAGGUAGGGCCGGUAGGGACGGCGAUCCGGCGUUCUGCCGUAUUUAUUUUAGCAACGAGGAAUAUGGGCCCAUUUCGUUCCUCAUUAAAGAGGAAAUCUCCCAGAAGAACACGGAACUUGUAAAAAUAAAAUGGCAGAAUUUUGAGAAGAGCAUCGCGUAUUGUUUAGAGACAAAGUGUAGACAUGCGGUAAUUUCAAAAUAUUUUGGGGACACUCCACCGCCUUGCAGAAACAGAUGCGACGUUUGUAAAAAUAAGAGCGAAGUACAAGCGAGAAUUGCUCAAUUUGAAAUGUGUCAGACUAGAUCUAGAAAAUCCCGGAGUAAUAUGGGCAGUGUGAUGCAAAUGGGAUGUAAUGAUGAAAUGGAUAUGUUUAAUGAGUCACAAGAAUCAAGGGAGAAAAUUGUGGCGGAUGAAAAGCGAGAAAGAAGAGAACUUAUUAUGGAGCAGUUCGCGCUCCGGCGUGGCACAUCUACGGAGGACAAAGUGAGGCGACAAAACAUGAAGGACGCGAAAGUAGCGCAUGUUCGUGCAGCUAAUAGUACGGAUAAAAAAGUUAAGGGUCUAACUGUUCAAAUACGAGAACACUUAUAUAAUGAUUUAAAAACGGCGUUACUUGAAAAUGGUCAAACCUUACACGCGGAAAUUGACAAACAGCGGCAGGAGAAAAGUAUGCACGAUGUAGCCAAUAGGCUAGAAUACAAAAUAUUUUCCAGCUCCAAAGUACCAAAUAAAUACAAAUUUGACAUGUCUAAAUUGAUUUCGUCGAUACGAAAAUGCACUAAUAGUAACAUUGUGCACGAAGCAAUACGUGACGGCAAUGAGACUGAGUUACAUAAUACCGAAUUUACCGACUCCAAUGAUUCUAAUAUAAUCGAUGCAUACAGUAAUGAACAAAUAACAAAUGCAGUUACAACAGAAUUUACCGGUUGUGUUGUGUCGAGUAUUCGUAAGCAGACUUUCCCUUCCGUUUUUAAGACUGCAUCAGAGAUUUUAAAUGAAGAAAAAUUACAAGUAUCUACGUCAGAUAAAGACAAAAAGGCUCGCUCUAAAGAAUUAUCUGUUAAUAAUAGCGAACAAAAAAGCACGUACCGAAACGAUAAAUCACGAAUAUCAAAAAUAUCAAGUGGUUUUGUUUGUGCGCGAGAAAUUCACGAGGGCAAUGUGACUAAAUCAAGUUCCUCCAAAUCGAAAGCUCGCAGAAGCAAAGAAGAUAAGAAUGUAAAGAGAGCAGUUAAAUCAGUUUAUGAGCAGAUAUUAGCGUCAACGCAGUCAUCAUCGAAGAAGACUGUGGACGAAAGGAGAGAUGUAUCUUCUGAAAUGGAAUUGUCAGUGGACAAUAUUCUUGAUUCUAUUAAAAUUGAAAAUAAAAGUAAAGAUGAAAGUAGAUAUAAGCGAGGCUACGAAUCUAUUGAAUGUCACGAGGAUGAUAUAAAAUCUGUUAAGAAACAAAGAAUUGUACAUACCGAAUAUAUCACUAAAACUAAUGUUAAUGUAUCCGAUAAAAAGAUUUUAGGUGACAAACUUGAUUCGAAAACGAUUAGAAGAAGCACAGAUACAAUCAUCAAUAUUAAUACUAGAAAUAAUGAUCUAUCGAGAACGAUAAAAGACAACAAAGAAAAGCACCUCGAGACAAAAGCUAAUGUAGAAUUAAAGAAAAGAGACGAAGUUGCACACACGUCUCAUUCGAAACGUCACAAGAGUAGCAUUAGUAACAAACCAAAAGUACCUGCAGAUAGAGCUACACAAUUUAAAACGGCAGAAAUUUUAAAGUCAUAUUUAAUGAAAUACUACCCGUCAGAACGUCUUCCGGAUAGGGCGACGUUUUCAAAAACUUGCAGAGAAAUGCAUUACAAUAUGCUGAAAAAGAAAAUAUUUGAUAAAGAAGGAAUACACGACUUUGUUAUAAGCUUUAUGAGUCAAUCUUAAAAGAGUGUUUAUUUCACAUGCUUUUACCUUCUGUUGAACAAGCGACAGGGAAAUAAUCCUGUUUAUAAUCAAUGCAUUUAAUUAUAUAAUAAAUUUCUCAUUUGUAUCUUACAAACUCAUAUUAUAUUAAAUAUAUUUUUAAUAUAUAUGGCUAACCCAUUAUCUGCUCACAUAGAUUUAUACAAAAAUGCUUUCUUAAAAAAAAUUUUUUUAGGUAAAAUUUUUUGGUUGAAUCAUAUGUCGUUGAACCAUUGCUGGAAUUUUAAUUAUUUUUAUAAAAUGCAAAAGAUCGGAACGGCAACAAAUUUUGUAUAAUAUCAAUAUAUAUAUGUAUUUUAUUAGCUCAGUUAUUAUCACACAUUUCGUAGAUUUUCUUUUUAGAAAGUUACAAUAUCGUCAAUAUCGACAUUACAAAUAUAUAAAAAAGACUUCUAAAAUUUACAUAUUUAAAUUCUAUACCCGCACAUUACAUUACGAAACCUAUCCUUAUUACUAAAUAUUUUUCUUCAACGUGUAAGCGUAAAUAUGUACUUAAUUAGACUUAAUAUUAAACUUAUAUCUUCAAUAUUUGUAAUAAAUAAGGCAAGAUAUUUCAAUGAGAAAUAUUUAUCGCAAGAUGCUAUCGUUUACGAGCUAUAUACUGAGCUAUACUUUUGAUAGACAUAACAUCUUACAAUUAGUGUACAUUACAUAUUUGAUAAUUCACUAAUUAUUUACAUAUUUACAAUGAGGUAUAACAAACUGCAUUACAGAUUACAAAUGUAUUACUACGUAUAGGGUUACUGAGUCAUGUUACUGUAGAAAUAAAUAAAGACUAUUCUGAUUUUAGGCGAUAAA